CCUCAUAACACCUCACGAGGAAAACAUUUGUCAAAACACGCUGAUUCCCUGCGCAUGAUUAUCAUAAAACGCACCACUGCACGUUCUCUGCGAUUUGUUCCAGUUUUCUUUAAAAUGAGCUUCAGAUACCUUUGUUAGACUUAAGCUACUUUGGAUAUGUAGAACGGCGUCUGGAACCUCGCAAAAAUGGCAAGCAGACGGCCGUUGCUUGCCGACGAGGCAUGGCAAAAUGUGUGCUCGAGAAAUGGCUGGGGAUCGAUUACAGUGGCGGAGCCGACGGGCACAGUCCAGGUGGCCGUCUCCAUGCGGAAGGCUCCGCGGGUUGGAGCACGCCCUUGCUGGUUUCUCAACGAGGACGAGGUGCCAUUGCAUAUUUCAGGCGCGCGGUUCCGGGCCGUGCCCUUCUCAUAUGGACCUGAAGCUUUCGGCGCCCUGUCACCGCAACCCACUGAGCCCAGCGGGCCGCCGCUGCCGGCGGUGCCGCAGCUGCAGCCGGAGUUUGCGCCUCACCUCCGCUUCACGCCGCAGGUGAUGCGGCGCGAGCUCGAAUCCUUCCAGCAGCUCCACAGGCACUGCCUCAGGACCAACCAGGCGCUAGCCUGCGCCACCUCCAUCUCGUCGCCCAACCUCGAGUGGCGGCUGCUGCUGGUUGCGAGCCACUACACACCGGACGCAACCGCAGCCCCCACUGCGGCUGCUACCGCCGCCGGCUUGCCCACAUCCGGGGCCCCAGCAGCCGCUGCCGAAGCUACUGGCACUCCCCAGCAACAUGCCGCCGCCCCGAAGCCGCUGCAGGCGAAGGCCUGCUUCGAUGCCUACUUCCUGCCGUACAGUCCCACCCUGGAUGUACGGGAGGGGCAGUGCGUGUGGGAGUCGUGGGUGAAGAGGCGCCUCAAGGACAGCCGCACGCGGGGCAUGGACGCUGCCGUGAAGCGCUGGCGCGAGGAGCGGCGGCUGUACCCCACAGACGGCCUCACCGGCCUGCCACUGGCGGAGCCGCGUGUCCGCAUUAAGAGCUACUCAGAGCGCGCCGCCGCCGCCGCCGCAGCUGCCGCGGCCGCGGCAGCCACGGCAUGUGGCGACGGCGGCGGUGGCGGCGACGGCGGCUGUGUCGGGUACAGCUUGUACGGCAGUGACGUGGGCGACGGCGGCGCAGGCGGCGUGGGUGGCGGCGGGUACGGCAUGCACGCGUCUCUGGUGGAGGGCGUGCCGGCGGACUGCAGCUUCCAGUACAUCGGCCGGCCGUGGCUGGUGCGGGGCGCGGCUGCUGCUGUACGUGAGCCCAUCACGUCCGACCUGCUGCAAGCUGACUUCCUGACCGAGUGCGACUGCCCCGCCGCCGCCUGCGGCAAGCUCUGGGCGCGGCGGGAGCUGUGUCGGCUGCGGAGCGAGGGCGUGCAGUACUGCUUGGAGGUGCAGCCGCUGCACAUGCAGGCGGGCCGGCGGGACGUGGGCGUGUUCGCGGGGGAGUACAUCCCUGCCGGCACGCUGCUGAUGGAGUAUGUGGGGGAGUGGAUCACGGAGGAGGAGGCCGACGCGCGCGGGCAGCAGUACCACGACGCGGGGCUGCACUACAUGUACGACCUACAGCUCAUGUGCGCCGCCCCGCCGCCCGCCGCCACACCCGCCGCUACACCCGCUGCCACACCCGCUGCCACACCCGGCAGCGGCGGUGACUUGCCGGUGGUGGUUGACGCCACGCGGCUGGGCAACGUGGCUCGCUUCCUCAACCAUCAUUGUGAGGCGGCGAACGUGGAGAGCGUCAACGUGUGCAGCGGCGGCCUUUACGAGGCGGCGAUGGUCAUCUGCAUGCGCACCACCCGCCACAUCCGCCCCGGAGAGCAGCUGCUGCUAAACUACGUGGCGCACAUCAAGGACGAGGCGCAGCGGGCAGCCAUACGGGCCAACCCCAGUGGCCAGGUGGCUUGCAGGUGUGGAGCGGAGAGCUGCUUGCGUGUGGUGUUUCCGGAUUUGCAACAGAGGAUGGACAGCCACACGGCCGGCGGCGGUCGGCGCGGUGGCGGCGCCGGCGCCAGCAGCGCCGCCGCCGGUGGUCUUGGCAGCCUCAACCCGGCCACCGACCCCCCGGCAGGCACAGGUCCCGAUUCGCCUGGCUCGCCCGCGUAUGUCUCCGCCGCCUCCGACUCGCAAGACGGGGCGAGCCAGGAUGCGCGGGCUCGGGAAGUGGAGGUGGAGUGCUGGCGGGCAGAGGAGGAGGAGCUCAAAGAGGGUCAACGGCAGCAGCAGCAGGGCGAUCAGCGGAAGGAGUUGACGGCUGCGGCCGCGACCACCGCUGCCGCAGCACCACCACCACGCCAACCACCACCGUGUUGCGGCACCGCCACUUGCCGCCAGGCCCUUUGGAGGGAGGCUGCCGUGGGUGUAAGCGAACGUGUGGAUGACGCCCAGAGGAGCGGCGUGGUUGGGGGCGGGGCAUCCGCAGGUGCAGCAGCAGGCGGCGGCAGUGAUGCAGCUGCGCUUCUGGACCGGGCCAGUGGCUUCAAGCGCCGCCGCCUGAUGCUGCUGGCUGGCCGUCUCUCGGCGGAUGAGGCGCCAGCAGCUGCCGAGGGCCAGGCGCAUGACACAGGGGCAGGCGGCCUUCGCAGCGGUGGUGAUGGCAGCGCUGGAGGCACCGGGGAUGGCGGUGGGGAUUGGGGAGGGAAGCCAGAGGCGUCGUCAGUGGCGGUUGUCGUGCCACGGGCACAGGCGGCAGCGGUGGCGGCGCAGGCCCUUGCGCCUGCUACGCCUGCUGCGGCAGCGCACGCGGUGGGCCUCAAGCAGGAGGUGGGGGGCGAGGAGGACGAGGGGGAGGCGGGGGUAGAGGCGAUUGUGAUCAGCGAGGAUGAGGAUGAGGAUGUGGAUGGGUGCGGCGCUGGAGCUGUUUACAGCAGUCGGCAGGCGGCUGGGCAGCGGGACGUGACUACCGGCGUCACCGGCGCCACCACCCCAGCAGGCCCGACAUAUGCGUUGGCUUAGCCAAAGCCGGGGACCAACCUUUCUGGCACGCCUGGAGCGGAAACCGGCGUGUAGGCUUGAGGUGUGCUGCAGGAUGGCGGCGGGAUCGGCAGGGGCAGGGCGGGUGCCGGUGCUGCUGGCGCAGCGGCUGCCGCUGCUGCAGCCGGCGUUGAAGAAGAUUAGGGUCCGAGGACGAGUGCUGGGUGUACUAUGAUGGCGUGGCGGUGAUGCAGUACAGCACGUGAUCGAUCGGCCGCCAGAACUAUAGUCUUCAUGCAGGCUGUAUUAAUUGUGCGGUAUGUACAUGUGGUAGGCGUGAACACGCGCAGCUUGCGCGCGGGGACGCUGCGUACAGGCAAACACUUGAACCCAACUCAAGGUCAAGUCGUGAAGUGACCUGACCUGACCUGAAUUAUGGAUGCCAGGGCGUGAUCAAUCACCUCAUGUACAGGAUUGUGUUUCAACACGACAAGUACGACAUGCCUGAUGCUGCCCGCACACGUGAUUGGUGUGUGCGUGUGCAUGGAGCACCAGCACAUACAGCCUGGCUGUGUUCCAGGUAGG